GUGGGGCCGUGGAGUCCAUCGGACACUGCCACCAUCAAAGAACUGGGAAAGAGAGUACGGGGCCAUUCAGGAGAAGGCCGCUCACAUGUAUGGUUCCGAAUAAUGAAAACGAUUACAAGUACCGGAAGCCUUGUUGCAGACACGGUUACCUUGAAAACUGAAAUGUGACAAAGAUUAAUUACACUGUCAUUUACACAUAGAAUUCAGUACAUUGCUGAAUAUCCUUUGCAUGCCCUUAUAAGGGAAUGGAAAUGCCCUACUAUGGCGUGAGAGGUUUCAACGGAAGAUCGAGGGGAUUAGUCGGCAAAUAGGAUAUACGUUUUGGUGGACUACUUGCUUGUUCCGCCACGGAUUGUGUGCGCACAAGAUAAACUUUGGAGGUAGUUAAAAUCACAAGCAUUAUAGUAAUAUAGUAUACUAGUUUCAGCAGUGUGGCUUUGUUUUAUGGACGCAUAACAAUAAGCCAAUCAGUUCGCAGGUGUAAGAACCGCAUUUGUUAUUGAAUUGCUGGAUAUGUAAAUUACCUAUAGCUAAAAUGCUUUGUCAAAAUAAUAUAUGCGUUGCCGGACUGUAUUAUUAGGUAAAGGAAAUUAAGGAUUUGUUUUUCCACUAACUGUAAGAGAAAUGUGAAAAUUUUGAAUGAAGUAGACCUCACAACGUUAUUUAUAGACUUCACAGUCGCACCAUGACGAGUUUUAACACGCCGGUUUCGCAGUGACAUCGGCAGUUAGCGAUGAUACCAAGAUCAGUGAUUACUGAUUAGUGGAAGUACAACAAUCUCUCUCAACAGCAAGUGCUUUUAAUUUUGGUCGUUAGAUUGAUGCACUACUGGACUGCACAAUCUUCGGCUGUCAAUCUGAAUAUACCGCACGAAAUUAACCACUCAAGUGUAAUAACAUAAUCAUUGGCAUCUUAGAAUCUUAACCGAAUCGUCGCUGAUACUAUUAAAAGCCAGAAUAAGAUAUUAACAGAACUGUAAAUGAUUAACUGAGUUCAUAGAAUUAGGAAACACUUACAGAAGUAUCUAUGUUGCAUAUACGGUGGAACACAUUUACAGUGCAUGUUAAUAAGUUUGAUCAGGCGCAUCCGCUGACCGACCGGCCAAUUUCACCUUAUUUUUGUCAUGCACUGUAGAUCGCUGUCACAUACUUUUUAGCAAAAGAAGAUUUUCUUCAACAGCUGCUGACAUUCAUAAUACAGUAAUUUUUUAUUUACUUACUCGUACGUUGUCUUUAUGCCGUUGUCGGCAGUCAGAUGGUUGUAUGUAUAUAGUAAUAUACAGAUACGUUACUCCAUCACUUCCGGUACCGGUAGGAAGAACUGUGCAUCCCACAGUACUUGUGCAGGCCGACCGGUACAGUACAGAAAAUAAUUUAAUAAUAUGACAAUAUGUAGAGUGUAGCGUACAAGUCUAUAGCGCCACUGCAAAGUCGACAACAGGCAGGUCGACGCGAUACUGAAAACAGAUCGAAGAUCAUCACACUCUCCAGACGCUCCAGCCUUCGCCGGGGUUGGAGCAGGGCCUAAUUGGCUAUCACGCACCUUGACUGAUGGAAGCAUAAUCCGAUACAAAUCCAUAAUGUAAUAACACGCCAUGCACGCCGGAUCCGCGGGAGUUACCAACGCGCGCUUAACACAGCGCACACCGUCCGGGAUUUCUGUCAUUUCACUUUGUAUCGCGCUGCCGGAAAGUAAAAUGUAAAAACUGUUCCUGCCAGGUUAACAUUGUUAUUACUGUGCUGCGCGCUGGAUGCUGGGUUGUUCUAAUAUGCGUCAUUAUGAGGACAGAUUGACAGGCAACUUUGUCAAAAGUGCGUCAGCAUAAACUCUUUCAUGAACAGCUGUAAAUUAUAAAGAUAAUUUUUAUCGGUGUUGUGCGAUAUUGAACAGCCAUCGGUAAUAUCGUAUAAAAUUUAUUAUGGCGGAAAAAAUCUGCGAGAAUGUACUGACAGUUCCCGUUGAGCCGGUGCGACCGGUAUCGCCUAAACUGGACCAUCGUCCACGGUAUAACAAACUAUCGGAAGUGGUGCGACGGGUCGCGCCGGAGAAUUCGCAGUGCUCGUUGUUCUGUGGAGGACGAAAGUGUAAAUACGAAAAUGAAGCAUACUGGGCGAUGGAUCAUCAAGCCAUCAAGGGAAUCUAUUCGCACUGGAUUAACGAUAAGAUUCUGGCCAUGGCACGGCCCUCGACGUACGCCAUUGAAAAGCACGGGAUUAUUGAGCAAUUCAAUAGACUGGGCAUAAAAACUCUGCUCAAUCUGCAGUGCCGGGGCGAACAUCCGCACUGCGGACCGGAUGUGGCGCUUGUCACGCCAAAUCAAGAUUUCUCCUACAAUCCGCAAACCUUUAUGGAUGCUGGAGUGUACUUCUACAAUUAUGGAUGGCGUGAUUACGGCGUGGGUGCCUCGUCACAGAUUCUGAGCAUGGUAAAGGUCAUGGCCUUUGCACUGACAGAAGGGAAAAUUGCCGUGCACUGCCAUGCCGGAUUAGGUCGUACCGGAGUCAUCAUAGCCUGCUUCCUUAUUUUCUCGCAGGGGCUUCCGGCCGAAGAAGCUGUACAUUUGGUACGCACAAAAAGGACCAACGCAAUUCAGUCGCGCCAUCAACUGGAAGCGGUGGCAAAAUUCGAAGUGUAUUUAAAGGAAACCCUAUGCAGUGUAUUUCCGUAUUCGCUCAAAGAUCCAUCGCAGAACUUGGCUCUGGAAGACUAUCUUCUCCGCCAACAGCAUGUUCUCCACGGUGAUGAAGCACGCACACACCGCUACAUCCCCAAAGUGGUGGAUAUGCUGUUAACGUGUCUUGACACCGCCGUGGAAGGUAUGGCUUCCGGUGAGGAUAGCGUGAUAGCCAACUGUGACCUGGCCGAUGAGUCGCCGGCGGCGGUGCAGCUGGCACACUCCCUAGCCAGACAGUCCAUAUCCAUCGAGGAUACCGGCUUCCUGGCGGCCAUCCAGCAGCACCGGGAGGAUGUGAAUUUUCUAUUGAGUCUGGUGUUGUUGUGGAUGGCGGCGUUAAAGCAUCCGUUUCUAAACGGAAAAUUUCUACGGAAGCUUAUCAAACGACGCACAACUCAGGCGGACCACUUCAACGUCGGCCAGGGAUAUAUGCAGACGCUACACCGUUUUGCCAGUUGUCUGCGGCAUUACCAGUCGCUGAAGACUUCCAAUCCAUUCCAGCAGGACGUGCUUGCCGAACGGAUAAUGAACGCCCUAACGCACAAUAACGACAAACUGACGCCCCAAAAAAGCCACUAUUUAUAUGAUAAAUUGCUGCAAUGCUUUUCCAUUGUCGAAGAACCAAUUGUAUCGGUCUCCAAAGAUGAUGACAGUAAUUCGUCCACGAAAAAUGAAUGAACCUGCGAUAAACAGUGAUUAAUUAUGCCGCAAAAUAGCGCUUUCCUUCUGCCUGUAAAAUUUGGAAUAAAG